UCAAAUAAAAAAAUUCAUAUUAAAAAUUUUUCUUUUAGUUGUUAAUAUACGAGCACUAGUCACGAUUCGCUCCAGCAGUGAACCGCCGCGUUUUGCUGCGCGCAUAAUGGCACAAAAUGGUUGUUGGUCAAGCAGCAGUGGCGGCAGUUCAACCUCGUCGACAGCGCAGGGUCGCGGAUUAGCAACGGCUAGUGGUUCCCAAGAGGAACGUUUAGUGGUUGUAGUUCGUGUACGUCCCAGCGCAGAAAGUGCCGAUCAUUGUAUUGAUGUAAUCUCGGAUAAAUCACUAUUUUUCGAUGAUGGCGGCAAAACUCGUCCCAGACAAUACUCAUAUGAUCAUGUUUUCAAGGAAACCGAUACACAGGAAAAGGUUUAUAAAAAAACAACGGCUCCAUUAGUCAAGGAUGUACUCAAUGGCUACAAUGCCGCUGUAUUCGCUUAUGGCGCCACCGGUUCUGGCAAAACACACACCAUGUUGGGUCCCUGCCGCAAGAAAACUACUUCAACGGCUACUGAACGUGGCGCGACCGCAACCUAUGACGUAGAUGUCAAUAACAAUGAAAGUGGUCUGAUGGUUCGUGCCAUCGAAGAAAUAUUUCAAAAUAUUGACAACGCACAGAGUAAUAGUAGCAAAGUAUCCAUUUCUUAUCUGGAAAUAUACAAUGAGCUCAUUCGAGAUCUAUUGAAUCCUGGUGGUCCAUUGGAAUUGCGCGAAGAUCAUCGCGGUCAACGCAUAACUGUUGCCGGUCUCUCAGAGAUCACCACCACUAGUCGGCAAGAGGUCGUAUCGUUGCUGCUUAAAGGCAACAAAGCACGCACCAUGGAACCGACAGCGGCUAAUCAAACUUCGUCACGCAGUCACGCACUCCUCAGUAUUACUGUACAAACUAAGACUCCCUUGGGUACAAAACAAGGUCGUUUAUUUCUUACCGAUCUUGCUGGCUCAGAACGGGCCAAAAAGACAAAGAAUCGCGGCAAACGUUUACAAGAAGGUGCGCAUAUUAAUCGCAGUCUCCUGGCGCUGGGCAAUUGCAUCAAUGCUUUGUCAGGUGGAGCGCGUUAUGUCAACUACCGUGACUCAAAACUUACUCGUUUAUUAAAGGAGGCUUUAAGUGGUAAAUGCAAGACCGUUAUGAUUGCCCAUGUUGCUCCCGAAGGCAAGCACCGUGACGAAACAAAGAACACACUUGUAUAUGCCGACCGCGCGAAUAGCAUUUCGACGCGUCUACAGAAUUCCGUCUACCUUGAUGAGGUGAAAGACUUUCCUACCAAGCACUAUCAAAACCUCGUAUCUGAGCUGCGUGAAGAAGUGACACGCUUGCGUAGCAAAAUGCUCACAGAACGACCACGUAGCGGUGCGGCAGCGGCCGCAGCGGCGCAACCAGAACGCACCACCGCAGAGGAUGAGAAGCGUAAAACAGAGUUGCGCUACUUGCGAGAACAAAUCGUGCUAACCUUUAAGCAACAAAUGAAGCUACGACGCAAAUUGCUCGAGGCUGAAAGCCACCUACUUGGACUAGAGCUAGAUGCCGAGCGUCAGCAUAUGAUAAUUUCGCAUUGGCAAGGUCGCAUGGGCAAACUUUAUGACUCACCGGCAGAUGAUGAUAUAGAAUCUGAAGGUGCGAUAGCACUGAAGAACGCAUGGGGUGAACUCUCAGCAAUCGAGAAGGAGACUCGUCGUUAUAAAGAAAUACGUGAACGCACUGAGCAAGAGCUUGAAUUGUGUCGACAGAAAGGCGUGCAGUUGGAAGAUGAACUUCCCGAACGCAUUACCAGCGAUGAAGAACGUGAACUGUUGGCGCUUCUUUGUCGGGUGCAUGAGUUAGAAGCAGAUAAAGUGUCUCUGCAAGCCGAACGCCUAGCUCGACAGGCCGAGCUAAGAAGACGCGACCUACAGCUGUUACGCGCCGAACGUCAACGUCGGCUAUGUGAAGACAUAAUCAGCUCACAACGCCGCCUAAUUGAAGAAGGCAAUGUCGAGCUGCCUGACGAACUACGCGAACUUUACGGUUUAUAUCAGCAAGAGAUACAUGCUGGCGUUGUUACGCCGGCCACCUCGUACGAGCGUAAAUUACCGCCUAUCUACACAGCGGGUUCCGAAUCACCUGGCUCCAGCUCCAGCUCAGAAUGGUCACCUGGUUCACCAUUGCCACCAAUCGACAACCGUAUGCUUAGCGCUUUUCAAGAUGGACCAGAUCGGCAUAUGGGACCACUUGUUAAUCCACGUUUACCAAAGUUAUCAGCGACCACUGCACCGUCUACGCGACGUACUACCUCAAUACGCAUGGCGACCCAAGGGUCCAACACUUAGAUCCCGAUAACGAACAACCCGAGUACAUACAAAUUUGCUAAAGGCGCAGAAAAAGCACAAAAUUGUAAAAAUAGUCUAAGAAAUACAAACAUAAGUUUUUGCUCAGGGAAAAUUGAAUGUGUACUUUACUCGUUGUUUUUCAUAUUAUGACAUUAAUUUUAAGACAAAAAUCCGUUUGAUUUGCAAUUGAUUAUAAACUAGUGAGUGUAAAUUUUCGAAUAAAUG